AUGGGCCAGAGCAACAAUGUCACAGAAUUUGUCCUAUUGGGCCUCACUCAGGAUCCUACUGGGCAAAAAGCAUUAUUCGUCAUAUUUUCACUCAUAUACUUUAUGACAAUGAUGGGCAACCUUCUCAUUGUGGUGACAGUUAUUAUGAGUCCUUCUUUGGACUCCCCGAUGUACUUCUUCCUGGCAUGUCUGUCACUCAUGGAUACUCUUUAUUCCACUGCCAUCUCACCCAGGUUGAUUAUAGACUUGCUAAGGGAUAAAAAGACCAUCUCCUUCACAGCUUGCAUGAGCCAACUCUUCAUAGAGCAUUUAUUUGGCGGUGUUGAUAUAGUUAUUCUGGUGGCCAUGGCCUAUGAUCGCUAUCUGGCAAUCUGUAAGCCACUGCACUAUUUGACUAUUAUGAACAGAACGGUUUGUCUUACCUUUUUUGGUGUGGCCUGGGUUGGAGGUUUCACACACUCUCUGAUUCAAAUUAUGUUUGUUUACAACCUUCCUUUCUGUGGCCCUAAUGUAAUUGAUCACUUCAUCUGUGACAUGGCCCCAUUACUGGAACUUGCAUGCACAGAUACCUACUUCAUUGGUAUAACUGUCAUUGCCAAUGGUGGGGCCAUGUGUAUUGUGAUCUUUAGCCUUCUCAUUGUUUCCUAUGGAAUAAUUCUAAACUCUCUUAAGACUCAUAGUCAGGAAGCAAGGCGUAAAGCCCUGUCCACCUGUAUCUCACACAUAUUGGUAGUUGUCCUGUUCUUUGUUCCUUGCAUUUUCAUGUAUGCAAGACCUGUUUACAACUUCCCCAUUGAUAAAUGCAUUACUGUUUUUUAUACAGUUAUUACUCCUAUGUUGAAUCCCUUGAUAUACACCUUGAGAAAUUCAGAGAUGAAGAAGUCUAUGGAAAAACUCUGGUGUAAAUUGUUACGUGCUAACUGA